AUGAGAGGCUUGAAGUUACACAAAGAUGGAUCGGAGGAGCCCAGUGGCAGCAAAAAAGGUUGCCUAUGGGGAUCUUCUCCAUGGGCAUUUGAAAUCAUCGGCCUGGUCCUCGCCGCCGCACAGUUCUUCGCCAUGUUCGGCGUGUUGGUGCAUUUCGACGGGAAAGAGCCCAACACUUCGUCCAUCAUUACCCCCAACACCAUCGUAUCCAUUUUAUCGACGGGAUCAAAAGCGGCAUUGCUGUCUGCGGCUGCCGGAUGUAUCGGUCAAGCAAACUGGGUACUUUUCGCAGGCCAGCCUCGGCGGCUGUACGAUUUUGAGUUGGUCUCAGACGCGAGCAGAGGGCCUUUGGGCAGCAUCCAGCUCUUGUUGAGUAGAAAGUUCCGAGGAGGGGUUCUGGUUCGACUGGGUGCAGUGAUUACCAUUCUCACCAUUGCCAUGGAUCCCUUUGCGCAACAGCUAGUCCAGUUACAAAAUUUGCAGGUUUCAGAGCCAGGAGGACGCAUCUCCCAAGCUGUACGAUACUCUCUUGUGAAUCCCGCGGGUCGAAUUGACACGGCUACUCCCGCCAACGCUGACGCCGAUUUCACAAUGAAAGCCGCCGUCAUGUUUGGAACCACCGCUAGUUCACAGAGUAUUGUGCAGCAAGCCACCCUUUCCUGUCCUGGAGAGUUAUGCGAAUUUUCCAGCGUAGCCUCCUUAGCCGUGUGUAGCAGAUGCAAUGAUAUCGACUCAUCUCUGGAGCAAACGGAUGAUGGAGACGGAAUGCUGUGGUACGAAUUAACAAAUGGCAUCGAUGGAAUUGAACGCGGGGUGAAUUGCACCCGUUACUCCUUGCCAAAUGGACUAUAUUUGGACAACAUCGAUAACAGGCACGGAACUGGAGAUAGGAUGGUGUAUAUGACUACCUGGGGAACUGCGAACCGGACCAAGACAAUAUCCAUGGAGGAGCUUGACACCUUGAUCUGGUCGCAAAGCAUGAUAAAGGUAUCAAACGACACGACGGCCUCGGAGAAUAUUGUCUGGCCUAAUUUCAAGGUCCACGCUACUGAGUGCGCUUUGUAUUACUGUGUCAAAGAAUACGACUUCACGGUUCAGAACAGCACAAAGAAGGAGGUGUCAAGCAAGAUCCUCACAGAAGUCAGACGAAAUUAUGAGUCCUGGUUACCCCAGCGCCAGUUUGCUAACGAGAGGCUCUCCGCCGACGUCAUCGAAAGCAUUGCGUUCAACAAGAAUGAUUCUCUAGUGUCGCGGUCUGACCUUCAACUGCAGAGUGAUGGGGAUGGGUCCAAGAAAACAUGGAACAUCUCAGACGAAGCUGUGAAAGGCAUCAGCUAUUUUGCGCAGACUCUUUUCUCUACAUGUAUCCUUGGGAAUUGCUCUGACGUCCCUGACGAAUGGCAGGCGCCGACGGGCUUCUACCAGUCGCACCAGCAAAUCGGCCAUGAGCACAGACCUGGGCCAGCGAAGCCGUUGUGGGAGAGCACAGAUCUCAGUGCUACUUUUUCCAACAUUGCUAUGAGCAUGAGCAAUGCGCUCCGGGAUAGUGAUGACACGGGGCAGAGCCAGGAGGGGAUGGUCACCAGAGGUAUAACGACAUAUCGCAUUGAAUGGCCUUGGAUUGCUCUGCAUGGGUUUCUUGCAAUGGCCAUGGCCGUUUUCUUCUUCUUGUCACUCACUUCCAGGGCCCCAGAUGGGGCAAGAGUUCCUGUCUGGAAAACGAGCAACCUGGCAGUCUUGUCUAGAGGCUAUCUUGUGCCAGAUAUUAUGCGGGAUGAGCAGACGUCUGAGCAACUGGAAAGGACAGCCAAGGCAACACAAGCAAGAUUGAUAUUCACGGAUCAUCAAAAUCCGAUGCACCAUGUUCAAGCAGGGUCAGAGUCACCAGAGGAGGUAGAAAUGGUUCCAGUUCCUAAUGUUGGGAAAGCAAGCAGGGCAAGGGAUCGGUCUGGUCCAGUAUAA